ACCCCUUAGUUAUGUUCCCCGUGGCAAAUGGAACCUAGCCCGGUCUUUUCCCACAUGUCUUUUCCCAAAUCCCCAUCGGGUGCACGCAGCAGGCUGUCAGUGAGCUCCCUCCCCUCCCAGUCCUUCCCUUUCCCCGGCCUCUCUCUCCCUCAGGCCCUUGCGCCCGGGGCAGCAUGCCUCCGUUCCCUGACGCAGCAACAACGAGCGGCGCGGAGCAACACGCGGAAGGCCCCGUCGGGUGCGGCGCAGGUCUGCCAGCACCGAGCCCCCGGGGACGCCGCGGCACCAGCGAUGUGGGCCCGCAAGCCGGCGCUCCUCCCUCUCAGGUACUCCCCUCUCUCUCUAGAUCGGCCUGGUAGCAACCGAAUCGGAAAGGAGACGAGCAGGUAGGCGGCGUCCGUGGCGGCGCGGGAAGGCCGUCGGUUGCUCCUCUCGCUCGCUCGGAUGAGAGGCCGAGCGGGGGCUCCUAGAUGUGGGAGGUGGAGCAGCAGCAGCACUGGGAAAAGAAGAAAUUGAGGAAGGGAUAACGAGACUGGAACCGGAAGGGGGGAGCCGCUGGCUUCGGUUCAGACGGCAGUGACGGCACCCACGGACGGCAUCGCAUGGGCCCACGAGGCAGAGGAUGGGCUUACGGGGUGAGACCGGACGGUAGCCUACCGGCGCCAGACGAAAGUCGAGGCCAGCAUCCGCGUGUCGCGGAACUUCUGCGUUGCGGACACGUAGGAGUUGGGAGUGCGGAGUGCCCGUGGACGGCUGGACCUGGACGGACUGUGUCACUGUGAGAAAACGUUUUGGUCUCUCCGUAGUAAGGCCCGUCGCUUCGGCUUAUAAGACGUUGAAAAGUUGAAAUGGCCGAGAGGAAAAUACUAUUUGGUGGCUGAUAAGCUGGCUGAAUAAGCUGAAGCGAACAGAUCUUUUAUUUUGUUAUGGUUUUAGACGUUUUGUUUCGUAGAAUGAACUGAAUUUUGUUAUGGUUUUAGACGUUUUGUUUCGUAGAAUGAACUGAAUUGUUUCUUAUUACGGUCCGUAGCAAAGCACAUGCAUGGAUAGCUCAUUCUACAGGACAUGAACAGAUGGGUAGUCCUCGAAGCAUACACAACAUACUUAUUCCAUACUUAUUCCUUUAUGAUUUUAUAACAUACGAUAAAUCUCAUCAAACGAGGAAUAAUCUUGAAGUAAAAACUCAUCUUUCGUAGGAUGGGAUUGGGAUGCGGCGGAACUUCUUCAUCGAUCUUUUAGCGCACGAAGUGAAUGACUGGAGAAAAACCUUCCUAACGUAAUAAAAUAUUAUGUUAGGCGCAUCACAAGUAAAGAAAUAAGAUAGAUAGGGUUGGCUUUUGGAUGCCGUGUCGUACCAAAUUUUAUUUAAUGGCAUAGCUACGAUUUUGGAUGAUAUACUUACUCUUUUCACAUGAUUAUUGUUGUAAUGAAUCCAAUAUAUACUGCAAUAUAACUAUUUUGUUGCCCAUAGCACGUACGGUACGAUCCUAAUAUCGUUUAUAUGUACGCUCUGGACCUGUGGUACUGCAUAUAUCGUUUUACACGUGUUACAUAUACACUGUGGUACUGCAUAUAUCGUGCUCUUAAAGUCUAAAGGUACUUGAAUGUGAUGGAAAACGCAUGCAUGUAUUACAUCAGAAAUUUUGAACGGUUCGAAUCUGUUCAGAGAGCGACAUAAGCACAAAGAAGAAAAAAAAAGGAUGGAUCCAAAAUUGAAACAGAAACUUGCCCAACAAAAUGAAAAGUGGAACAUAUAAAAAUUUCGGCUACACAAAGCAAUAUUUUUGUGCAGCACAAUUCAAAACUUAAACAAUUCCUAUUGUGCUGAACGAUCACAUCAUGCAUACUGGUCGUCUACACUCAUAAACAGAAGCGUGCACAGUACAGAUGCAAUCAAAUUGUACUCCAGCUGAACUGAUCCCUGCCUAAUCUCAAUCUCAAUCUCUGUCUUUUCAGUUGUUUAAUUUUGCGCUAUCAGGUGGGGGGAAAAGACUAAAAAGAAGUGUAAAUAAAACCAGAACUUGCAAAUAGAGAAUCGGCCAAUAUGAAGAGCAGUGCGGUACGCUCAUCUUCUUCCUGUCCCUUUCCAAUUAUCCCCCACAAACGUCCCAGCAGAGAUCUGCAUGAUUGGAGCAAACAUAUGCACCAUCGAAACCUUAGCAGCCAGCUUGUGCUUCCUGCAGGAAUAAGAAUUCGGUUCCACAUACGCGUCCACCAUUAUCCUUCUCAAGUUCAUCUCAACCCAAUUCGUGUCGCCUUUUGCUGAUUCAUUCCAUCCAGCACCUAGCGCUCAGCUCCCUCGCUCUCUCUCUAUAUACGAACUCAUCGCUACUAGUUCACUCAUCUGUGCUUCCCUCCAUCUCUUGAUCGAUUCGUCACCACACAAUAACAAAACAAAGAAAUCUAUCGCGAGACUAGAUAGCCAGCUACAAAGGGAGAGAUCGAGGAUGAUCGCGUGGGGCGACGUGUACAAGGUGGUGGCGGCGAUGGCGCCGCUCUACUUCGCGCUGGGGCUCGGUUACGGCUCGGUGCGGUGGUGUCGGCUCUUCACGCCGGAGCAGUGCGGCGCCAUCAACACGCUGGUGGCCCACUUCUCGAUGCCCUUCUUCACCUUCGACUUCCUGGCGCGCGCCAACCCCUACGCCAUGGACCGCCGCGUCCUCGCCGCCGACGCCGCCUCCAAGGCGCUCACCAUCGCCGCCGUGGCGUGCUGGUGGUGGUGGGCGCGCUGCUGCCGCUGCGGCGCCGGCGGCGCAAAGGACGCCGGCGCGCGGUCGUCGUGGUGCGUCACGGGGUUCUCCCUCGCCGCGUUCAACAACACGCUCGUCGUCGGCGUGCCGCUGCUCGACGCCAUGUACGGCGCCUGGGCGCGGGACCUCGUCGUGCAGCUCGCCGUCGUGCAGGCGCUCGUGUGGGUCCCGCUGCUGCUGCUCGGCUUCGAGCUGCGGAAGGCCUGGGUCGUGCGCAAUGGCAUCGCGUCCGCAGCGGCCGGCGAUGGCCAGGCCGCUGCUGGUGGAGGCCGCGUCGAGCCGGCCGUGUCGUCGCAGGCAAAGAAGGCAUCGUCGCCGCCGCCGGCCGCGGAGAAGGGCGACGUCGAGAUGAACGCGGCGGCGGAACCAGACGCGCCGCCGCCUGCCGGGAUGAUCCGACGGCUCUGGCCGAUUGUGCGGACCGUGGGGCUGAAGCUGGCGGGGAACCCCAACGUGUACGCCAGCGUGCUCGGCGUGGUCUGGGCGUGCAUCGCCUUCAGGUGGGACCUCAGGAUGCCGGGUGUCGUGUCGGAGUCGUUGCAGGUGAUGUCCAGGACCGGCACGGGGAUGAGCAUGUUCAGCAUGGGUCUGUUCAUGGCGCAGCAGGAGAAGAUCGUCGCGUGCGGCGCGGGCCUGGCGGCGCUGGGGAUGGCGCUGCGGUUCGUCGCCGGCCCGCUCGCCACGCUGGCCGGCGCCGCCGCGUUCGGGCUCCGCAGCGACGUGAUGCGCUUCGCCAUCAUACAGGACCAGGUGUCUGUGAAAAAUGCCUCUGUACUUUUUGCUCCUCACGAAGCUAUGGCAGGCUGAGAGUUCAAGUGGAGAGGAGUCGAGGACCAUGGGCUUAUGCUAUCUCGAUCUCACUAGGUACGAAGAAGAGGAUAACAACCUGGCGGCCAACACUAUGGUCAUAAUCUCGAUCUGCCAGGUAUAAAUGUAAUAACUUUAAAAUCACUAGAUAAUGUAUAUCGAGAUAAUUCAUCAAUUCCAAUGCAUCUUACUAUUACUAAU